UUCAACCAUUAUCCGUAUCAGAUUGCGAACACGACGAAACAAAGGUGCAAGAAUUUUCACCUGACUUUACGUAUCCAAUAUUUGGUGAAAAGGAACAAAUUUUUGGCUACAAAAAUCUGUCAAUUAAGUUAUAUUACGCGUCUGGUAGUCUGACAACAUACUUUGAUGUAACAUAUGACGGAAAGGUUCCAUUGGCUGAUAAUAUAGUAGAAAGGAUUAAAGAAUUCAUACCUAAUGAUUUUAUUACAAAUUACGAUACUUUUUUGCAAACUAUAAAAUCAGAUUCUGAAAAUUUUAAACCUAUUGGAGAGAAAUUUUCAGAAUAUCGUCUUAAUGAUGAUGAUGAUAGAGUAUAUGAAAUUUAUAAGGCAACAUUUACGACCCCUCGCUUUAAAGAGUUUCACAGACGAUUACAAAUAUUUGUAUUGUUUUAUAUAGAAGCUGGAUCAUAUAUUGAUGAGGAGGAUGACAAAUGGGAAAUUGCACUAAUCUUUGAGAAAAAAGCUAUGGGUGAUAGCAAAGUAUAUAGUAUUGUAGGUUAUUGUACGAUGUACUUGUAUUACUUUUUAACUAGCACGGGAAAUUCUAAUGAGAAUCAUAUGAAUGCCAAUAAUAAACUACCAUUGCAUAUGAGUAUUAAUCAAGGUGGACAAAUUCGAGAUAAUAUACGAGUGAGAAUCAGUCAGUUUUUAAUACUCCCACAUUAUCAACGAGAAGGUCAUGGAAGUAAAUUCUAUCGGGCUCUCUAUCAAAGUUUCUUGGCUGAUCCCAGAAUAAAAGAUAUUACUGUUGAAGAUCCAAGUGACAAAUUUCAAGAAAUUCGGGAUAAAAAUGAUAUACGAUUCUUGAGAGAAAAUAAGGCUCUUGAAGGUCUCAAGGCACCUGUAGAUAAAAAUGUAUUUAAUGCAUUGCAGAAAAAAUACAAAUUAAAUAAGAGACAAAUGGCACGAUGUAUUGAAAUUGAAUUGUUACGGAACCUACACAAGGCAGACCCUGUUGCCUAUAAAGCGUAUCGGUUGCAAGUCAAACAACGGUUGUAUCUCUGGAACGAGGAUAUAUUGAGACAACUAGACAGAGCAGAACGUAUACAAAAAUUGGAAGAAACUUUCAAAGGUCUUGAGGAAGAUUAUCACUCAAUUAUAUUACAAUUAUGA